AUGGAGGAUGAUAAACCUGAUCUUGUUUUAACAUCUGUCAAUAAAACUCAAGAAGCAGCUGAAGGGGAAACAUUUGAGGACAGAGAAGAAGCUGCCUCUGAGAGUUUAGAUGAGAUAACGGAGAAAGAAGCUGGAUUUGAAGAUCCAGAAACAGAUGAAACUUCAUCAGAAGUUACAGAGACCCCUUCAGAAUCUGAUGAGGAAAUCACUCAUGUGCUUGUUGUUGUUCCAGAAGACACAGAGACAUCUGCACCUGAGGUAACAGUGGAACCUCCAGGUGAAUCUGAAGUGGAAAUUCUCCUGGAAACCAUCAAAAAUAGCACUACAAAAGUUACUAAAUCUGAAGUUCCAGAGCCUAAAUUAUUCCCUGAAGCUGAGGAAGAAAUCUCAAAGGCUCCACUUGAAACAUCUCCAAAAGCUGUCACUGAUGCCCAACCAGGCACAAUUUCAGAGGUAGAAACCCCUGAGGAGGUCACCCCAGAGUCUCCUAAAGAGCUUCCCAGUAAGGAAGAUGGCGCCUCAGAUGAGGGCAGUAUCCAGGUAGCUUCAGAAGAUGCUGAUCAAGAAUCAGUUGAGGGUGACUCCCCAACUGAAGAAGUAGAUGAAAUCUUAACAGAGACUCCACUGGAAGUGGCACCUGAGUCAGUUGAUUCCAUCACCCUAGAAACAGUUGUGGAUUUCACUGACGAGAGAACACAAAGUACUACACUGGGUACCACUGAGGAGUCUACCCCUACUUCCUAUUUGGAGAUGACGACCAAGUAUGUGGUCGAAUACAAUAAUGGCAACUUUCCCGAUCUUAUAGAGAGGGUUUAUGACGUAAAUGGCAACUUUUUUGGAAACAAUGGCUUCAAGUUGGAGGAUGAGGAGGAGAACUUGAUUGGUAAUGAGAUAGACACGUUACUUCUGCCACCGAGGCCCCUGAAGGAUGAGGUGGUAGAGUUGAGCAUGAAACUCAAAGAGGAAACCUACAACGAUGCUCUGAGAGACCCAAGCAGCUUUGAGUAUCAGCAGCUGGCCAGACACUUCAAACGCAGGAUUGAAGACGCCUUUCAUAGAGUGCCGGGCUUCAAGACUGUUUACAUUGUGGAAUUCAGACCCCAGAAGGAUCUGGAGCGGGGUUUGGUGGUCCUUGUGCACUAUGCCAUCACUCUGGAGGUGGAUGGGAGUGGGAUUGCCAACGACACCUUGGAUUUCAUCUCUCUGCAGAACAACCUUGUGGAGAAGAACUACCCUGGUUCCGCUGAGCAGCCCACUGUUGUCUACACCAUCACGGACUUCCGCAACUACAUCACUGAGGCUCUGCACAAAGACAACUUCAUGACCAACAAUAGCCUGGAGACACAGGGUGACCCACUGCAGCUGGAGAAUGCAGAGAACUUGUUGCCUCCUGUGAAACCAACAAGUCAACCAGUUGACACCUUUGACAACAUGGACAAUGUCCUCGCUGCAGAGAAGCCUCCCGAUGCACCGAUGCACGAGGCGGAUGACAAUGAUGUUUUCUCAAAGAAGGAGGACUUCCUGUUCGAUCCUUUCAGCCAGUGGAAAGCUCCACAGCUUGAUAGGACAAGCGAUAAUGAUGUGUUUUUGCUCGAUGAGAGUACAGCGUCUCCACUGAACCCUGAAUUUCCACAGAAGACCUUCGAUCUGGAGACUCGAAACAGUGAUGGAAAAAUUGAAGAUGAGGGAUUCCUCUUGAGUAACGCUCCCCCUGCCAGUGACAAAACCAACCGAGAGAAUGAUGCUGUCAGUCCUGAAAUUUCUUCUGCAGCCAGACAACCCCCUCCUGUAAACCAGCAGACAAUACCUGGGCUCACUCAGAAUGAUGGCUCUGGCUCUGGGUCCUCUGGAGACGGCCAGGAAGCUGAUCUCUGGACCUGGCAGACUUCAGUGACAUUUGGUGACAAUGAAGGUGGAAGCCUGGACAUGCUCCCACCGCCUGAUCUGGAGGAGACUGAAGAGGAGGACAUUGAUUUAGGCGAGGUUGCUGUUGAACCAUUAACUACUAAGAAAUCUGUUUUGGUUGACAUGGGAGUAGAAUUUAUUUUAAAAGCAACAGCAGUUCCUAUUUUUGAAGAAGUAUUGUCAGAAGGACAUAUUGAAAAACCUUUUCUGGAUGAGGUCCUGGUGACUCCGCACAUAAGCACAGAUCCCCGAUACUCAACCACAACUCACGCACCUGUUUUUUCACCCAAAGAAACUCUGGCUGUUGAGUUUUCUGUACAAACAGUGGAAGCAUCUGGCAUGUAUGAUGACUACUCCUUGACUGAGCCUCAAACCCCUGUGGGAGUAGUUACAGAUUCUCCUGAACCUGAGGCUUGGACUAGGGAGGAAGCUGUUUUUCCUGGACCAUUGGAUUUGGCUAUGGGGCUUCACGAAACCACUGAAGAGGUGGAAGUACCUAGUGAAACAGCAAUAGAGCUUCCAAUGGUUACGACUGAAUCUAAAUAUGCAGAAAAUGGACCUGGGAAGGUAGAUGUUCAAGUUACAAUUGUAUCUCGACCACCUAAAGUACCUGAUAGGGACAGCCCUGCUACCCCACACACAGUCACAGGCAGUAAUUUCAGCAUUGAUGCCAUCACUGAUGCACCAUCAAUAUUUGAAGUUCUUACAGAAAAACCUGAACUGCUACAGGCAGGAAUGAAAGCCCACGAUCAGGUUGAAAUUUUGGAAGAACAGCAUAUCGGGACAACAACAACAGCACCAGCAAAUAAAGUACAAGACGAGGACCUGAUUGAAGAUGAGGUGAUGAUCGCCAUUACAACAUCUACUACUCCAGUCCCAACUUCAUCUGUAAGGCCAGAUCACUACAGUAGCAUUGCACUCUCACCAGAGAAGGACUCACCAUUCACUCGAGUGUCAGAUUCAGUGCCAGAUGAUGACGAUCUGAUUCAUCAUGAGCAACUAAACAAUGAAGAGCUUACUGUAUCCUCAAUAAGCACACAGUCUCCAGAUGGGUUAGACCAUCUGGUUCACCAUGAACCAGCAGUGUUUCACCAUGAACACACAAGGUAUGAAGAUAUUACUAACACUUCAGUAAUCACACCACCUUCAGAUGGUCCGCAAUCAAAACCAGCAGUGAUUUAUCAUGAACACCAUGAAAAUCGUCCUGAAGCUCCAUCAAGCACUCCUCCUCCAUAUGGUCCUCAGUCAAAACCAGCAGUGGCUCACCAUGAGCAAACAAAGCAUAAGGAUCUUAAUGAAGCACCAGUAAGCACAGCACCUGUAGAUGGUCCUCAGUCAAAACCAACAGUUGUUUACCAUGAACACCAUGAAGAGCUUCCUGAAGCUCCAAGAAGCACUCCUUCUCUAGAUGGUUCUCAGUCAAAACCAGCAGUGAUUCAUUAUGAGCACCAUGAAGAUGUUCCUGAAGCUCCAGUGAGGGUUCCAUCUUCAGAAGGUCCUCAGUCAAAACCGCCAGUGAUUCAUUUUGAGAACCAUGAAGAUGUUCCUGAAGCUCCAGUAAGCACUCCUUCUCCAGAUGGUCCUCAGUCAAAACCAGCAGUGAUUCAUUAUGAGCACCAUGAAGAUGUUCCUGAAGCUCCAGUAAGCACUCCUUCUCCAGAUGGUCCUCAGUCAAAACCAGCAGUGAUUCAUUAUGAGCACCAUGAAGAUGUUCCUGAAGCUCCAGUGAGGGUUCCAUCUUCAGAAGGUCCUCAGUCAAAACCGCCAGUGAUUUAUUUUGAGAACCAUGAAGAUGUUCCUGAAGCUCCAGUGAGGGCUCUGUCUUCUGAUAGUACUCAGUCAAAACCAGCAGUGAUUCAUCAUCAGCACCACGAAGAUGUUCCUGAAGCUCCAGUAAGCACUCCAUCUUUAUAUGGUCAUCAGUCAAAACCAGCAGUGGUUCACCAUGAGCAUCUGAACCAUGAAGAUCUUAAUGAAGCUUCAAAAAACACACCACCUCCAAAAGUUCCUCAGUCAAAACCAGCUGUGGCUUUCAGUGAGGACACAAGACAUGAAGAUCUUAGUGAAACCCCAGUACACACUCUAUUUUCUGAUCCACAGUCAAAGCCAGCAGUCGUUGUUCCUUCCUCUGUGCAGAAAGUUGAUGACCGCACUCCUGUGACUGAACUCCAACCUUUCGAACAUGGUGUCUCUGAUGUGCCCAGCAUCGCUGUCAGCUUUGAUGUCUUCCAGUAUGGCGGGGUGUCGAGUGAAGGGGAAAGCAGUGGCUUCUCCAGUGGAGCUCAGGCCUCUGAUUUGGAUGCCAUUGCAUUACCAACCCGACCUGGCAGGGCGUUAACAAUUUUCUUCAGCUUGAGGGUGACCAACAUGGUGUUCUCAAUGGACCUGUUCAACAAGAGCUCCCCGGAAUACAAGGCUCUGGAGCAGCGUUUCCUCCAGCUGCUGGUCCCAUACCUGGAGUCAAACCUGAACAACUUCCAGAACCUGGAGAUCCUUAACUUUAGAAAUGGCAGCAUUGUGGUAAACAGUAGGAUGAGGUUUGGUAAACCAGUACAUAGAGGAGUCACCAAUGUUGUCUAUUUAAUCUUGGAAGACUUUGCCAACACUGCCUAUCAGACCAUGAACCUCGCCAUUGACAAGUACUCACUUGAUGUUGAGUCAGGUGACCGGGCUGAUCCCUGUAAGUUCCAGGCAUGUAACAAGUUUUCCAGGUGUAUAGUAAAUCAGUGGUCAAGUGAGGCUGAGUGUGUGUGCAACGCUGGAUAUCUGAGUGUGGAUGGCCUGCCAUGUCAGAGCAUCUGUGAGGUGCAACAUGAUUUUUGUCUUAAUGAUGGAAAAUGUGACAUCAUCCCUGGCAAGGGUGCCAUCUGCAGGUGUCGUGUUGGAGAAAAUUGGUGGUAUCGUGGUGAACACUGUGAAGAGUAUGUUUCCGAGCCAUUGGUGGUGGGCAUCGCCAUUGCCUCAGUGGCUGGUUUCCUGAUGGUGGCUGCUGGGAUUAUCUUUUUCCUGGCUAGGUCGUUACGAGAGCAGUAUGAUGGGGAGGACACAGAGGACCCCUUACGGCGAGGUGACAGUUUGCCAACACUUGAACGUGCCACCAAGUUCAACCCGAUGUUUGAGAGUGACCCUGUUACUGCCCAGUACUACCGCCGCUACAAUGAUGACGUGCCCCAGUACUACCAUCGGUGUGAUCGCGGGCUCCCUCACUUCAGCAGCUCUGCCAGUGUAGGCGAUUCCAAAGACCUCAGCAGUGAAGAGAUAAAAAACAUCUAUCAAAACACCACACUCAGUAAAGAGGAGAUUCAAGAACGCCUGAGGAUAAUCGAGCUGUGUGCAAGAGAUCAACACUUCGCAGAAUUUGUGCGACAGACUCAAAUAUUCCUGGAGAGGAGAGGGAGCUCCACCACAUAACCAUCCAGGAGCCUCUGACCAGAAACCUGCCUUCGUCUGUGUGUUGAGGAAGGGAGGAAUAGCUCGCUGCCUUGCUGCUUCCCAUUCUCUCCAGUAGAGGUGAAGGUGACCAAAUGCUCAACAAUCUGGGAGUUUAUUUUCUAAGAACAGUGUUUUCCUCCUGAGGGGCCCUGAAAUUAACUUGGGAUCCUUGAGGUCGCCUCUUCUCUUACCUUGAAACUUCAACUUUUCCUGUAAUUACUGUGUUGCUUAUUUAUUCUGUACAAAGACUUCAAUAACUGCUUUUUAACCUCUCAACAGUUUCACAGCCGCAUACCUCUGUCUUACACUUUCACCUUAGCUUAAAUUCAAGGGUUUCUGAUAAUAUCCCAACUUGCCUGUCACUGCUGUCAUAUUAAAAAGCCCGUCUGAAGUAUAGUUUUUAAUUUUUGCACCAGUAACAUUAUUUUAAUAUCUGUCUUUUGGUAUUAAUUUCUGUUUUUCCGACGUGGUUUUUCAGGACAGCUGUGACUUGCAACGCUCAUCCCCAUCAGUGCCUUUGCUGCUCUGGUAGCUUUUUCUGGGAUAUGAUGUGUAGAAUCUCAGAGCCCUUGUUUUAAAUAUAUACGUCACCAUAAAACCAAUGCUUGAAUCAGCAAAAUUCCUUUUUUUCUUUUUCUGCUUCAUGUUCACCCAAUCAGACACUUUGCAAAUGGGAAUGUUUACAUUUGUUAGUCAGUGCUUGCUGGAACAUUAACUGAUGUAUAGAACAUGCAUAGCCAGUCAGUGUGUUGUAUAUCUUUGUGAAGUUCAAGAAAGUUAUCUUUCUCCAAAAAGUUAUUCUCUUGUUCAGAGAAGGCACCGUCAUGUUCUGACAAGUCAUAAGUCACUGCAGGUACUGUCUUCUUCCAGACUAUCUAUUCUUGAGGGUAAGUAGCAGACAGGUGCUGCUAAUGAAAUGCAUUUUAGUCAAUGAUCCUUAGUGAGUGUGACCUCUAUAAAAGCAAAAGUUUGGGCAUUUUACUCGUCUUGGGCAUUCAGAUGUGUGUUAACAUAAUGCCACAAUCUUUAGAGGAGUGGACAUCUCAGCAAAUCGUUUUAGAGAGAAGAAAGACUCUUCUCUCUAAAACGAUUAUGGCAGCACAGCUUAGGUUUGGAAAGUUGCAUCUCAACAAACAACAAGACUCCUGGAACAAUGUCCUUUGGACCGACGAGACCAAAGUGGAAAUGUUUACUCAUUAUGCACUGCAUCAUGUUUGGAGAAAACCAAUCAUAGCACCUCAGCACAAACACCUCAUACCAACUGUCAACACAGUGGUGGAAGGGUGUUGAUUUGGGCUUGUUUUGCCGACACUUGACAUGGGCACCUUGCAGUCAUUGAGGCGACCACGAACUUGUCUGCCUGCCAAAGUAUUCUAAAGUCAAAUCAUCUGUCCAACAGUUAAAUUGGAUCAUGCAGCAAGACAAUGAUCUCAAAUGCAGCAAAUCUCCAACAGAAUGGCUGAAAAAGAAAAGAAUGAAGGUGUUGCAAUGAUCCAGUCAAAGUCCAUACCUCAACCUGUUUGAAAUCCUGUUGCAGGGCUUUAAGAGAGCUGUGCAUAAAUAAAUGCCCCCAAAACUCAAUGAACUGAAGCACCAUCAAAAAAAAGGAGUGGGUCAAAAUUCUUACACAAUGAUGGGACAUGAUAAUGUCAAACAGAAAAAGAUUACUUUAAGUUCCAUCCAUACAUCUUGUAGAAUCCCCCUCUAGAAACCAGUAAAUCACUGGGUUCACUUGGUUUUUCAUAAAACUACACUGCUGUGAAAACUUUCUUCUUCUCAUGACUGUAAGUACCUCUCCUUUUCUCAAGAAAUUAAUCUUCUUCUUAUUGUGUUGGCACAAGUUACUAUCUCAUUCCAACACAUUAUUGUUUUCUACCAAGGUGUUAAGUUUCUGAUAAAUAUAGUACUUUUUGUUUGGUUAAGGCAGUAUCUUACUAUCUUGCUUGAACAAAUUCCUAUCGUGUUUCAAGUAAUUAUUACUGUUCUGCCAAUGUAAAACAUUCAUUUUACAGGUUACAAGUUACUGUGUUAUUCAGACAGGUGACUGACUUGUUCUGAGAAGGUGUUGUUGGUCAAAUCAGGUAUUUUUUUUGUACUGGCAAGUUACUAACUUUCCCCAAGAAGUUAUGGUUUUGACGAGGUAUUAUAAUGUUUGCACAAGAUAUUAACUUACAUGAAAGCAAUCACUUAUAAAAAUUCAUGACUUCCCGUUUUAUGAACCAGGUGCUAAGAGAGAGACAAAUUAUUAUGACUGAUGAAAUAAAUAGAAUAGAAGUUCUCAUCUGCAAAACAGCCUCUUAAAAUCUAUCUUUAUUUUUUCUCUUUUUAAGUACUUGAAUUUUCUGUUUGUUGCUAUGAACUAAACGAUUUGUACUAAGUGUAGUUGAUAGUACAUCCACUGAUAUUUGUUUUCAUAUAUGUUUAGGCUUGGUGUAUGUUUGCCACUUUAGAGCGCUUAAAUCCAAGACAACUGUUUCAAAAUGUCACUUAGUGACUCAAAUGGCUUCUCAACCCCCCAAAGCAAAGUUGAUGGAUCAUUUUCUGUUGGUUUGCAUGCAGGUCUCGGGCUCUCUGUUUUCCUCCAUGUUUUGUUUUGUAUUGUGUUUUCUAUGUGGUAUGUACAACCAGCAGAGGAGGGCAAUAUUCUGACCAAAACCGAGUGUUUCAAAUGUAAAAUGUAAAUUUCUGAUAAAAAAAAAAAUUAUCCUACUCCAAGUUUCUGUUUUAGUGUUUUUCCAUAAAUUUGCCACUUUUAUAUAUACUUUUAAUAUAUAAAAGGAUAUCAUAUACUUUAAUAUUUUCUUUCUUUCUAUCCAAAUAUUAAACCUAUCUGGCCACUCUGACAGUUUCUUUAUACUAUUUCUUUUUUUCAGUGAUUUAAAAUAACCCUAAC